CGAGACAUGACGCAGCACAAGCCACGGCAGCGACGCGGGGCCGUCCCCCAAUAAGGUUCGCGAGCUCAGACAGAAGAGCCCCGCACCGACCACCGCCGCCCCGAAACCCCAGCCGAUCGGCGGCGACCGCGGGGCCGACGGCGGAGAUGUCGCUGACCAAGGUGAAGAUCAGCGAGGAGGUGUGGCUCACCGGCCUCUCCCACGCCCUCACCACCGAGACCGAGGAGGUCAUGGGCCUCCUCCUCGGCGACGUCGAGUCUUCGAGCAGGGGCGGCGCGACCGCCGUGAUAUGGGGGGCGUCGCCGCAGAUGAGGUGCGAGCGGAAGAAGGACCGCGUAGAGGUCAACCCCGAGCUGCUCGCCGCCGCGUCGGCGCAAGCCGAGAAAAUGACGGCCACCAUAGGGAAGACUACGAGAGUGAUCGGUUGGUACCACUCCCACCCACAUAUCACCGUUCUGCCUUCCCAUGUAGAUGUUCGCACCCAAGCAAUGUUUCAGUUGCUGGAUCCAGGCUUCGUGGGGCUGAUAUUUUCUUGUUUCAGCGAAGAUGCUCAAAAGGUUGGGAAAAUCCAAGUGAUUGCCUUUCAGUCGCAGAGUGGACAACAGCGUACUAUCGCUCCAGUCAUUGACCUUGAAUCAUCCUGGAGUUCAUCAGAUAAUGCAUUAGCAUCACAAUCUGCAUUGGUUGAGGGCAUCAAACAGGAUACAGGGGAUUCCAGAGCUUCAAAAAGUAGCAAGGCCCGGGGAAGAUCGCCGGAUAUGGAUUUCUAUUCUCAUCCUGACCCAAAUCAUUCAGCAAAGCAUCAACCCAGAGAAAACACUAUUGUUGCUUACAAUCGGGAUAACACGCAUGAAGCGUCUGUUGAUCCAUAUGAUUCAGAUAUGACCCCAAGCGUCCAGGAGGCUUUGCACCGGUCAAAUAUGGACAUUAGUGGUGCAGAGUAUGUAAGGAAGGGGGUGAAACUUCUUGUGUUCCCUACAAGGAAUCUGCUAAAGCUGGAAACGACAUUGACUUCAUACUGUGAUAUGCAACGGGUCCUUUUUGAAGAGGAACAGUCAGCAUACAGUCAAGCCAUGCAACAAAAUAUCUGUGAUGGGAAAAUUCACCCUCUUACAUCUAUUCACCAUACAUCUACAUACAACUCUUCUCUCUGCAAAUUAAUGGAGUACUGUUUGAGUCCAGCUAUAACUUCCCUUCAGGAUCGUCUGAAGGAAAAUGAACUUCGGCUGUCUACGUUACAAGAGGAGGCUAAACAACUUGAGGCUGAGACCCAAAGCAUGCGAAACGAUUCACCUCUCCCCAUGAUGAAUCAUGGGGCUAGUGGCAGCAGUUCACCCAUGGCUCGGAACAAGCAUCCUUUCUCCAACCAAGGGAACCCUAGAAGCCCCAGCAGUGGCAGGUGGAGGAGGGCCUGUUGAUUUCGAUCUUGCUCGCCCUGUUGCCAUGAUGAAUAUUGCUCAUUGUGGCUUUACCGAAUGCUUUCCGAAACCCCAGAUGCUAUGAUGGACGAAGGCACAGAAUGGCACUGUACAUACCCGUUUCAUUUCAGCACUGUGCUGUUGUGGAAGCUGCCAACAAUUCUCAUUUUGCUUUGUUUUGGGGUUCCUUAUCCUGCUGCCAAAGUGGCGCCAAAUCUUUUCCAUGGUUGGCCUGAGCUUGUAGCCUAUACACUGUAGACUAAGUAUUGGGGUACCUGAACAGCUGUUGCUAAGAUGCGAUAUUUUCUGGGGCAGGCAAAAAUGAAGGUUGUGUUUGCUAUGUAAUUGGAAAAGGAACUUCUGUAGCAAUCUAUUUUUGUUGAAAUGCUCCAGGUCCAGCCUCACCUUGUUGCCAA